AUGCAAGAGCGGCGGCCAAGCUCGACGCAGUAUGCCAGGCACUCCCACACCCAGAUGCAGUAUCCCGACAGCCCCGAGAGCAUCGGCAUGCCCAUGUCUCAGUACAGUCCUCCUCUGCCGCACUCGCAGAGCCUGCACCAUCUGCCCGAGAGUGUCCUCCCUCGGCGUGCAAGCAACAGGUCCAGCAUGAGGACGGCCAGCAGCCAUGAGGCUGUGCGGCUGAUAGACGAAGAUGCCCGAACGGAAUACAACCAGUUCAUGUCUUCAGUCGACUCCAAGUACGCACCGAGACUCGACAGUGUCUACAUCCGCCCCUCACCCCCUCCGUCACCGCUCCCAAGCGUGCAAAUGUGGCUCAACGGGAGCGCGCAGCUCUUCUCCCUGCCAUUUCAGAGCGAUGAGCUGGCUCGGGUCGUGCCUCUGCCGCCUGAUGUGAUGGAGACGCUGAGGGUCACCACGGCAUGUUUCCCAGAGACCAUGUUGCUCUCUUCCAGCCUGACUAUUGAGACGAUCCGAACAUACUCGAGAAAGGCUAGAAAUCCAGUGGUCGAUCUUGCUCUUCUUCCUUCCGGGCCGCGAAGCCAUGCCUCGAUGUCGAAGCAGUCAUUAUGGAGAAGAGUGGUCAAGCGGGGACCACAACAAUCGGCUCAGCGGACGCGUGAUGUGCACACUCCCACUGCAAGCUUGCUGCAGUCACCCAGCGUGACGUCCCUGGAGUCGCUCAAGCCGUGGGCAUCAGUCAAGAACGUAUUCGGAAACUGCUCCGACUACAUCUGUGACGCGCUCUAUUCACACAUUGUUGCGUACAACUACGUCUCCGCUCUUGUCGCGCGGUACCCGACCUCUGUCAGCAACGGGCGUUCAGACUCGCCCGCGGGAUCACAGCAUGAGGACAUUCCGAAGAAGGCGGCCUCGCUUCUGGGCCUCAACGAAGGGUCCGCCAUGACCUCGGCAGCAUCGAUUCGCUCUGCGAGGAGGUUCAGCUCUUCGCACUGGGGUAAGGAGGACGUCAUGACCACGAGCACGGGCUCCACCUCCACCGGACAGGAUAUGGCACUUAGAAAUAUCCAGACGGAGCUCUUGCGGUGUAUACGUCGUUUGAUUGCAACUGCAAGGCUCAUGGCAGAAACCAACACGACUGAUGAGAAGGUGGUGGAGAUGGAGAUGGAGGACGGAGACGUGCUGUUUAUGCGCAGCCUUUGCGAGAUUGUGAGGGUAAAUGAAGAGGCCGCAGCCUACCUUUGA